CGCGGGCGCGGGGUCACUGGCGCCCCCGCGUGCAUCUGCCCGCAGGAGGCCGCUUCGUCGUGACACUGAGUGCGCCCCGCCACAGGCCACCUUCCCACCGGCUCGGGACAGGGGUUCCCUCCGAGUGCAUGUCUCCAGGAAGAAGAAAUUGACUAAAUGAAAAACAUGAAGUCAAAUAGAAUUAGAAUCCCACUUGCUAUUAUUUCAAGUCAGGGACGUAAAAGUAUACCAGUGCUGUCUUUCCCCAGUGAUAUCCUGGGUUUCAUUACUGGAAACACCCCAUUUUUCUAAUACUCAUUAUGUCCGGAGGGAAAUCUCCUGUGAAGAAAAAAGCUCGUAGAAGUUUAUCAAUCAGUAAAACUAAAAAAAAUGAGUGUAACUCUAUUAUUUCGUUUUUUAACAAUGUCCCACCUGCUAAACUUGCCUGCCCCAUUUGUAGUAAAAUGGUGCCGAGAUACGACUUAAACCGGCAUCUUGAUGAAAAGUGUGCUAACAAUGAUGACAUUGCCCCAGUUGAUCUGAGGCAUGUUGGCUUAGAGAAUUCAAAUGGGUCCCCAGUAAAUUUAACCAAUACUGUCUUAGAAAAUGUAAUGCCAGAAAAGUUGUCACCAUCAAAGACAAGUUUAACCCCUGAGCAAAGUGAUUCGGCAAAAAUGGGCAUAAAACAGACCAGCCCCUACUUUAAAAAUAAUAAUGACUUGGCAUGCAAAAGUCCAGAUAAGCUGAGACAUCAUAAUGUGAAAGUCAUUACUUUGGGAAGCCUAUCAUCUAAAUUGUCCAGAAGAUACAUAGAGGCUAAAAGAUCAAUAUGUAAGGGGAAUGAAGAAUUUGCCAGUAAGAGUCCACAGAGUCCCUCGUCCACAGUGGUUAGGAGCCCAGUUGAUAAGUGUUCAGAGACUGAGGACAAGGAUCAAAUUUUGGAGAACAGUUCUCAAAAGGAAAACGUGUUUACCUGUGACUCUCUUAAGGAACAGAGAACUUCUGAACAUACUGUAGAAGGCGCUAAAGUACUGGAAGCUGAAAGCCAAAAGGCUACCCAGGAAUGUGGGAGAUCACCCCUCACCCCUGCCUUCUCAGAUAACGCUUCUGUGUUAUUUUCACCAAAUUUAACUCCUGGGAAUCCAUUGAGAUCUACUUCAGAGGACAGUCUUGAGUGGGAGACUAUCACAGGAAUAGAUGGUAAAGAUGUUGAAAAAUGUGAGGCAGGUAGUUGUGAAGAAGUAAAAAUGACUGUUGCUUCACAUGCUAAAACACAGUUGUCAGAUUGGGAGGCAAAAUCUCAUAGUUCUACACAUGAUGAUUCUAAAGGUUGUAACAUCCAGGACCUUCUGGAAGGUGACAGUGACUUAAAGAAUGAAAUCACUUGCAGAAUUCCUUCGGAGCAGGGGUCAAGCUGUGAUGUUCCUGAUAGAACAAUUACAGUACCACCAAGUCAUCCUUACUACCUUCAGAGUUUCCUGGUGGUGCUGAAAGCUGUAUUUGAGAACGAAGAGGAUAGGAUGCUCUUCGAUGAACAUGAGCAGGAAAUUGUAACUAAAUUUUAUCAGUUAUCAGCUAGUGGUCAGAAGUUAUAUGUAAGACUUUUUCAACGUAAAUUCGGCUGGAUUAAGAUGAAUAAAUUGGAAUACGAAGAGAUUGCCUCUGACCUAACACCUGUGAUUGGAGAAUUGCAGCAAGCAGGCUUUCUGCAGACAGAGUCUGAGUUGCAAGAACUCUCUGAAGUGCUUGAACUGCUUUCUGCUCCUGAAUUAAAAACCCUGGCGAAGACCUUCCACUUGGUGAAUCCCAACGGACAGAAACAGCGGCUGGUGGACACCUUUCUCAAAUUGGCCAAACAGCCUUCAGUUUGCAUGUGGGGCAAGAAUCAGCCUGGAAUCGGUGCAGUGAUUUUAAAAAGAGCUAAAGGCUUGGCGGGACAGUCACUGAGAGUCUGUAAAGGUCCUCGAGCUGUUUUCUCCCGGGUCUUGCUGCUGUUUACAUUGACGGACUCGCUGGAAGAUGAGGAAGCCGCCUGUGGUGGUCAGGGGCAGCUUUUUCCUGUGCUGUUGGUCAGUCUUGGCCGGAUGGAGUUUCCUAGAUACACCAUCAAUCGGAAAACCCAAAUCUUUCAAGACAGAGACGAUCUCAUCAGAUACGCAGCUGCUGCACACAUGCUGAGUGACAUUUCUACCGCGAUGGCCAAUGGGAACUGGAAAGAAGCUCACGAGCUCUCUCAGUGUGCAAAAAGUGAUUGGAACAAACUGAAAAGCCACCCUUCCUUGAGAUACCAUGAGAAUUUACCACUCUUUCUGCGCUGUUUUACUGUUGGGUGGAUUUAUACACGGAUUUUGUCUCGGACUGUUGAAAUAUUGCAGCGACUUCACAUGUAUGAGGAAGCAGUCAAGGAGCUUGAAAGCCUCUUGUCCCAGAGAGUGUAUUGUCCUGACAGCAGAGGCCGGUGGUGGGAUAGACUGGCACUCAACUUACACCAGCACUUGAAACGCCUUGAACCGGCUAUCAAGUGCAUCACAGAAGGGCUGGCAGAUCCGGAAGUCCGAACAGGACACCGUCUCUCACUGUACCAGAGAGCUCUGCGCCUGAGAGAGUCUCCGAACUGUCAGAAGUACAGGCACCUCUUCCAUCAGCUACCAGAAAUAACUGUGGAUGACGUUAAACAUGUGACCAUCACGGGCCGGCUCUGCCCGCAGCGUGGGACGGGCAAGUCCGUGUUUGUGCUGGAGGCUGGGGGGCCCGCCGCCCCCGCCGCAGUCCUGUGCUCUGUGGAGGAGGUGGCGCUGGCCUACUACAGACGCAGCGGCUUCGACCAGGGUAACGCACGGUGUUUCUCCCGGGCCGCCGGGCCCCCGGGGAUGGUUCGGCAGCAGCGGGUGGCUACCGUCUCUCCGUCCGGCCCGGUGGGCGAUGCUGCUGACCUGGGAGGGUGUGGGAAGGGGUUUUACUCACGAUAGUUGCUAAAGGCCGUCUUCUUCCAUUGAAGCAGCAUCUACCACCCAAGGCCUGGGAGGAACAGCGCUUUCUGGUGGGAUGUUAGAAGCAAGUGGAACUGGUUUUGCUCUCAGAGAGCUUAUGUUGGGCCUGGGAGUUCGGGAGGCAGAGGACUCCCAGGAGGGCUGCCUGGUAGCAAAGCCCGUUAGAGGAGGUAGGAGCCGUGGAGCUGGGCCAGGCUGUUCUGGAAAGAGCGAGCGGGCCUCAUAGCUAACAACUUUAAGGGGAUUGAAGGACCAAGUCCUGGGAUAGCAUAGCACCAGAGGAACCGGAGAAAUUGCUAGAAAGAGCAGUGCUUUGUUUCUGUUUUUGUUUUCUUUUUUGUGCGUUUUUUAUUGCAGAGAAUGAAUGCUUUAUCUGAGGCCCAGGAAAAGAGGAGACGUUGGGAAUUUGCCUUCUGAUGAGCUUGUCAGUCUGUCCUUAGCGAAAUGUAGUACCGACUAGAAAAAGUAAAAUCAAACGCUGUGAGAGAGGAAUUACAGAGGAAGGGGGAGGGCAAGGCAGUUCUGGAGAGGCCCACU